AUGUACCCAAAAAGUGAAUCUCCGCAGGAGAAACUUGGAUCUGUGGAACCUCUGGAACCUCUGACCUGGAGGUUUCCCGACCUCCCGGCCGACGAGGAGCCCGACUUCCCCCCCGACUUCCAGCUGAAGACCCCCACGCCUGCGGAGAGCGUGAGCGUCACCUGUGGGGAGAACCUGGUCCGGGUGGAGGCCAAGAGGGACCUCCUGGGGACGGGGAGGCUGGCGGAGGCUGCAGAGGUCACCCUGGGGGGCUGUCCGGCCUCCAGGGAGGACCCCGAGGACCAGGUCCUGGUCUUCGAGUCGGAGCUGCACGGAUGUGGCAGCGAGCUGCAGAUGUCGGAGGACGCGUUCACCUACAUCUUCAAGCUGCUCUACUCUCCCCGUCCUCUGGGGGACACUGGCAUCGUCCGGGGGACCGACGUCUCCAUCGAUGUCCAGUGUCACUACCCGAGGAAGCAGGAGGUGAGCAGCGGCCUGCUGAAGCCCACCUGGAUACCGUUCACCGGCAGCAGGGACUCGGAGGAGAGUCUGCAUCUGUCCCUGCAGCUCAUGACGGAUGAUUGGCAGUUCCCUCUCCCGGCGUCUAACUUCCUGCUGGGGGACAUGAUGAGGUUUGAGGCGUCGGUGAAGCAGUUCCACCACGUCCCCCUCAGGGUGACGGUGGACAGCUGCGUGGCCACGGUGGCUCCCAACAUCGACACCGUCCCCCGAUACACCUUCCUGGGCAACAGCGGGUGUCUGUUCGACAGUCAGCUCACCGGCUCCUCCUCCCGGUUCCUGCCCCGGUCCCAGGAUGACAAGCUCCGGUUUGAGGUGGAGGUGUUCCGGUUCGAGCAGGACACCCGGGGCGUGCUUUACAUCACCUGCAACCUGAAGGCCAAAGCAGCCGCUGCACCGGCCGGGGACGCCAACAAGGCCUGCUCCUUCAUCAACAGGUGGACGGAGGCGGGAGGCAGCCACCACGCCUGCUCCUGCUGCGACUCGGACUGUGGGACGGGUGAGGGCGGAGACCCCACCAGGAUGGGAGCUCUCGUGGAGCGCGACGCCGUCGUUGGGCCAAUCACGGUGAAGGAGAGGCCUCUGAUCUGAAAAUAAAC